AUCAUUUUCCUCAUCAUCACGUAGCUGCAGGAGAAGUACUUGUGCUUUACUGAGGCCUCUACUGUGCCGGUUGCCGUCGCAGGUCUCCGCCGGGCAGAUUGGCCCGCACUGGCAAAGCGCUUGCAGGAGGUCAGCAAGAUGCACAACUUGUCCGCACACCCUGGCGUACGCCUUCCCGAGGUCAUCGAGGCGGCGGCCCCGGGUAACGCGUUAAAGCAGGCGGUUGCGCCUCAGCAGCCUGAUGGUCUCAAGGCUGCAGGACUCGGUGGCCUGAACGUUGACGCACCGGCAUUCACACUUCCAGUGGCCGGGUGGAUGGUCUUCUCAUUGCUCUCGACGGUCAUGCUCAUGCUCCUCAUCACGUGCCUUGUGUUGAAAAGCAUGGCAUCGUUGAGGUGCAGGCUCCAGCUGGAACUCCUCGCGAUGCUCCUGGUGCCGUGCCGACCGAGCAUCCUGGUCCAUUUGGUGCCGACGCUAGCGGAAAACAUACGUAUGAGGAAUGGUCUCCUGUCGCUGAUUGCCGCGCCUGUGCGCGCAUGUGCUGGUUCGCCAUCCAGGGCGGGGCGGUCCGAUGCGUACGAGGCCGCGUUGCGCCUGCAGCAGCGCAUGGCGCGGUUCUCUUCCUGAUCGGGUUGAUCGGGUUGGCUUCGGCUCCUACCGUCUUCCUCCUCGUCUCCGGGUUUCCUGUGAUGAUCCCGUGCGGAGCUGAAACCCCCG